AGUCAAAACAAAUCGAAAACUCAUACAUGGAAAGUGAGCCAAAUUAUUAAAGUUUUUAUAAAUAAAAUACAUAGAAAUGACCAAAUUCAAUAAAGAGCUAUUAAUAAACCUCAUAGCGGAGUUUCUUGCCAGCAUGCUUGUGCAAUUUGCGGGCUGUGGUGUUACUAAUUAUUGGUCCGGCAGUUGGUCAAAAGGUUGGUCAAUGGCGUAUUUACCAUACGCUGUUGGCUGGGGAGGCUCCGUGAUUGCGGCAACUCAAGCGUUUCGAAUAUUGUCUGGAGCGCAUAUUAAUCCGUGCAUUUCCAUUGCCGCUAUGAUAAUGCAACAAGUGGAAGUUCUCGAUGGUUUCUUGUAUAUAUUGAUGCAAUUACUAGGCUCUGCUGCAGGAUUCGGUGUCGCCUACGGCAUCGUUCGACGCGAUAACGCGUCCGGAUUUUGCGUGACCCGAAUUUCUAUCGAUCCCUGGUGGAAAUCGAUACUGCUCGAGUUUUAUAUGACUGGAGCUUGGGUGCUGGCCAUGUGUGCAUCGUGGAAUGUGGCUAAUGAGGAGUUGUUGGAGACAAUAUCAUUGCGGAUAGGCAUUGUGGUCGCCGCUAGCACUUUGGCGGGUGGUGGUUACACUGGCGCCAGCAUGAAUCCAUUCCGUUCGCUGUGGCCUGCGAUUGCAGAUAGCUUUUGGGAUUACAUUUACAUUUACAUGGUGGUGCCGCCAAUUACUGCUGCACUUUUGGCAGUAGCGUGGCGUUUCCUCUAUCUGCAAGGUGACAUUGAGUCGAGCACCACCAAGAAGGGUGGCGACGAAUAAGCGGAUGGCGCCAGAAAUAGAAUCGUGACUAUUUUUCCAUACAUUUAACAUAGAUGGCGCCUAAAACAGAAAAGCUUAAAACUUCGACACAUAUAACAUAGAUGGCAUAAUAAAUAGAAGACUGACAAAAUGUCCAUACAAUUAAC